UGCCCCCUCCGUCACCACCGAGGUCCCCAAAGGGAUCCCAGGCUUAGGAAUGUGCAGCAAUCAGCCAGUGGGGGGGCAGGACUCCCAGCGACUAUAUAGACUGGGCAGAAGCCGGGAGCCGCACCUCCUGCACCCGAGGCACGCCAGCCGGUGCAGCACCUGGCCCAGGCGUCCGCCUUCCCUCUGGAGCCCGGCGGUCACACAAUGAGGGGCCCUUCCUCCCUGCCCUACCUCCUCCUCCUGCCGAUCGGAGCCUGCUUGCCUCUGCUUGACUGGAGAGAGCCUGCGGACACCGUGGGAGGCACCGGAGCGGGGAGGAGCGGGGCCUACCCGGCCCAGGGGCACAGCACCCACUCUGCGUGGGGCUCCUCCAGGGGGCUGGCGGACCCCCAGCCCCAGGCCCUGCUCCUUGUGGCCAGGGAGCUGCAGGCCGUGGGCAGCGGGCACAUCAGCCUCCGCCUUGGGAGGCAGGAGGGCAGUGAGACCGCAGGCUUCCUGCCGGUCGACGGCAGCGAGAAGGCUACGGGCCCCCUGGGGAGUCUGGCAGAGGAGCUCAAUGGCUACAGCAGGAGGAAAGGCGGCUUCAGCUUCCGCUUUGGCCGGGGGUGACAGCCAGGGCCGCCUGGAGGGGCUGCGUGCAUGGACUGCGCCCCGCUGUCUUCACUCCCGACCUCUGCAGCCUCGGAGGAGACACGGAGGUGACAUCGGCUUUAUCACAGAGCAUUAGCAUAGGAUGUUAGGUGUGUGCUAUCUCUUGAUUUCCAACUUUGCUGAAGCAAAAACAAAACAAAACCACAAGGAAAAAGAAAACCUAGCUGGUAUUGGAAAACAGGUGAGCAAGAGUAAACUGCGUGUGGAUGAAGACAAAGCCGUGCCGUCCCUGCCAGCUGCCUGUCCCCAGCAGUCUGAUGGCACCGCCGGCCCCAGGGCCAGGACACACGGGCCACGGGGGGGUCACGCACAGGGCCUGGCAGAGCUGGCCACGCAGAAUGAGGCGAAGGCAGGGGCACUGGGCCAGCAGCACAGCGGGUCAUCUGGGCUGUGACCGUCUCCACGGGGACCUCUGCUGCUGACGGCCAGAGCCCAAGCGCGAGGAGUGUGUUCAGCAGCACACAGCGCGGCUCUGAGAGUCAGAAAUGAAAAGAAGCCGAGCUGGUAAACAACCCGCCUCGCUCUUCAUCCCAUUAACACCAGACCCCUCUGGCAAGAAGACUGCCAAGGCACAGCGCUGCCCCCAGGGCCGCUCGCUGCCUGUCCUGACGGCGGCCGCCUCUGGGUAGCGAGCGUGGUGUUUGCCCAGCCGAGGGCUCUGGGGAGAGGAGCUGGGAAGGAGUACGAUUUUGCUCCAGCAAGGUUGCAUUUCAAAUGUUCCCAAUAUGAAUGUGUUGUGUGUAUCUUUUGAAAUAAAAGUUGUAGCAACUGCAAAAUCA